AUGCGGAGGGCUGCAGCUGCGUGGGCACGCGCGAACUCCAAGGUGAAGCAACUGCGAGCGGGGCGAGCUUUCAGCAGCCCUCGUGCCGGCGCAGGUGACCAUCCAGACGGACCCCGGCGGAUCCUCAGCGGGCCUCCCUCGUGCCGCUCCCUCGCAGCUCCCGCCGUGGCAGCCAUGCCUGGCAGGGCCAAGGCCUCGCCCGUCUGCGGCCCCGACCAGCCGCAGGACCGGGAGGGCAGCCGCGGGGCCAAAGCCAGCGCGGCCCAGGAGGAGCCCGAGGGCGAAGGAGGAGGCGCGGCCACCGCUGCUGCUUGCGGGCCCAGCGCCAGCCUGGGGGACCCGGAGAUUGUCAAGUCUCCCAGCGACCCCAAACAGUACAGGUACAUCCAGCUACAAAAUGGCUUACGUGCACUCCUGAUUUCGGACUUGAAUAACCCAGAUGGUAGCCCUUGUGCAGUAUCUUCAGAGGGAGAAGAUGAGGAUGACUCCGAAGAAGGCACUGAUGAAGAUGAUGAUUCUGGAGCAGAAAUAGAAGAUGACCAAGAAGGAGAUGAUGAUGAAAGUGGUGGAUAUGAUGAUGAUCUUGAUGACCCUGAUAGUGAACUGGAAGAACUGACAGAUAAAGAAGAGACAAAGAAGAGGAAUUCUACAGAAAAGCAGUCUGCAGCUGCCCUUUGUAUCGGUGUUGGAAGUUUCUCUGACCCUGAAGACCUACCUGGGUUGGCACAUUUUCUGGAACAUAUGGUUUUUAUGGGCAGUUCGAAAUACCCAGAUGAGAAUGGGUUUGAUGCAUUUCUGAAGAAACAUGGGGGCAGUGACAACGCUUCAACAGACUGUGAGCGGACAGUCUUCCAGUUUGAUGUGCAGAGGAAAUAUUUCAAGGAAGCCCUUGAUAGGUGGGCACAGUUUUUUAUUCAUCCUUUAAUGAUCCAGGAUGCAAUUGAUCGGGAAGUUGAAGCUGUGGACAGUGAAUAUCAACUUGCAAGGCCCUCUGAUGCAAACCGAAGAGAGAUGUUGUUUGGAAGUCUUGCCAGGUCUAGCCAUCCUAUGAAAAAGUUCUUCUGGGGUAAUGCAGACACACUGAAACACGAGCCGAAACAAAAAGACAUUGAUACCUACACCAGGUUGAGGGAAUUCUGGCAGCGCUAUUAUUCAGCUCACUAUAUGACUUUAGUUGUGCAGUCUAAAGAAACCUUGGAUACUCUGGAAACAUGGGUGACUGAAAUCUUCUCAGAGAUCCCAAAUAAUGAGUUACCCAAACCAGUGUUUAGCCACUUGACAGAGCCUUUUGACACGCCUGAUUUUCACAAACUUUACAGAGUUGUUCCAAUCAGAAAAACUCACUCUUUGAGCAUCACUUGGGCCCUUCCUCCACAAGAACAGUAUUACAGGGUGAAGCCACUCCAUUAUAUUUCCUGGCUGGUUGGACAUGAAGGCAAAGGCAGUAUUCUAUCAUAUCUUAGAAAAAAAUUCUGGGCGCUAGCAUUAUAUGGAGGAAAUGGUGAGACUGGAUUUGAGCAGAACUCAACGUACUCAGUCUUCAGCAUUUGUGUGACUCUGACAGAUGAAGGUUACAAGCAUUUCUAUGAGGUGGCUCAUGUUGUAUUCCAGUAUGUGAAAAUGUUGCAAACAACAGGGCCAGACCAGAGAAUAUGGGAAGAGAUCCAGAAGAUUGAAGCUAAUGAAUUUCAUUACCAGGAACAGACUGAUCCAGUUGAGUAUGUAGAAAGCCUUUGUGAAAAUAUGCAGCUAUUUCCAAAAGAGGACAUUCUAACAGGAGACCAGCUUCUCUUCGAAUACCAGCCAGAGAUCAUUUCUUCAGCUCUUAAGCAGCUGUGUCCUCAGCAAGCCAAUCUUAUACUGCUGUCUGCCUCCCAUGAAGGCCAGUGUCAUCUGAAGGAGAAGUGGUUUGGUACUCAAUACAGUGUGGAAGAUGUUGAUAAAUACUGGAGUGAUAUGUGGGCCAGUGACUUUGCAUUGAAUCCAGACUUACACCUACCUGAAGAAAACAAAUUUAUUGCAACUGAUUUUGCUUUGAAGGCCCCUGACAGUCCACAGACAGAAUAUCCAAUCACUAUAAUGGCUACCCAGCGAGGUUGUUUGUGGUACAAGAAGGAUGAUAAAUUCAAAAUCCCUAAAGCUUAUAUCCGUUUUCAUCUAAUCUCACCACUGAUCAAGCAGUCUGCUGAGAACGUGGUGCUUUUUGAUACAUUUGUGAACAUACUUGCGCAUAACCUUGCUGAACCUGCUUAUGAAGCUGAUGUUGCUCAGUUGGAAUACAAGCUGGUCGCAGGAGAGCAUGGAUUGAUGAUUCGUGUGAAAGGAUUCAAUCACAAGCUACCUCUCCUGUUUCAGCUCCUUAUUGACAACUUGGCUGACUUCAGUUUUACUCCAAAAGUAUUUGAGAUGAUAACUGAACAAUUGAAAAAGACUUACUUCAACAUCCUCAUCAAACCAGAGACAUUGGCCAAAGAUCUACGCCUCUUAAUACUGGAACACGGAAGGUGGUCUAUGAUGGAGAAGUAUGAAACACUUAUGAAGAACCUCUCAGUAGAUUCUCUAUUAUUGUUUGUGAAGGCUUUCAAAUCUCAACUCUUUGCAGAGGGUCUUGUCCAAGGCAAUUUCACCAGCAGCGAAUCCAAAGAAUUUCUGGAUUAUGUUGUUAAAAAACUGCAGUUCCUCCCUCUAGUACAUCCAUGUCCAGUUCAGUAUCGUGUGAUGGACUUGCCAAAUACUCAUCUGCUGUGCAAAGUGAAAACGCUGAACAAGGGGGAUGCAAAUUCUGACGUGACAGUCUACUAUCAGUCUGGACCCAGGAGUUUAAGAGAAUAUUCUCUCAUGGAAUUGCUUGUGAUGUACAUGGAGGAGCCUUGUUUUGACUUCUUGCGAACCAAGCAAACUCUGGGGUACCAUGUGUACCCAACUUGCAGGAAUACAUCAGGAAUACUGGGCUUCUCUGUUACGGUAGCAACACAGGCGACCAAAUUCAACUCUGAACUAGUAGAUAGCAAGAUAGAAGAAUUUCUUGUAUGCUUUGAGGAAAAACUGAAGGGUUUGACAGAGGAUGCUUUCAAUACACAGGUCACAGCUCUAAUUAAAUUAAAAGAAUGUGAAGAUUCCCAUCUUGGUGAGGAGGUGGAUAGAAACUGGAUAGAAGUGGUGACUCAACACUACCUUUUUGACAGACUGGUCCGGGAGAUUGAAGUAUUGAAAUCUCUCUCUCAGUCAGAAUUAGUUGACUGGUUCCAAGCACAUAGAAGCAAAAAAAGAAAAGUACUUAGUGUACAUGUAGUUGGAUAUGGAAAACAUGAAGGUGAUGCAGAAACCUCAGUGCCCUCAAACAAUCACAGUCCCUCAUGCAAUGAAAUACCUCAGCUAAUGUUCUUGAGCCCUUCUUCGUUGACUGAUACAACUUGUAUCAAGGACAUCAAAGUAUAUACAUCAACUCUCAAUGUUCUCCCGUACCAUAAGAUAUUAAAGUAACACCUCAGACUGCCAUAAUGUGUAGUACAACUUUGCUACUGAACAUUUCGGGAGGUUGGCUUUACUGCAAAGAAUCCAGCCUACCAUGCUUUCCAGAAAACAUGUAGCUGAAAAUAGAAGUAUAACUUGCUACAAGCAUGUCCUUGAAGAGGCAAGGUAUACAAAAGCAGGCUUUUUCUUGGAAAAUAGUGGAAAUACACAAUAUAGCAGUUUUAGCAACUAGAACUGGAAAUCUUGCUUAGAAAUAAGGGCUGGAAGCACCAGCAACCAAAAAUCAUAAUGGGGAGUCAGAGAGAACUAUGUUGGGGCUGCAGUUGUCUUUUGAAGUCCCCUUGUGUGCAAGAUGAUUAACUGAUUAUCAACUAGUAACCUGCUUGUGUGCAACAGUUCAGAACAAUGGACAUCCCAAGCUGCAAUAAAAGGUGUAAAGGGGAUACUCCGUCUGCAUGAGGUAGUUCAAUAUGAGUGCACGGAUACCUUAUGUGCAAUAAAUUAAUUACUGAUAGA